CAUGACGUGGAGCGCAGUAUUGUUGACUGGGUAACAAAAUGGCGGAAGCAGCAGUAGAGAGUUCAACUUCAGAGAGAUUUUACUGCCACCAGUGUACCCAAGAAAUAACACCGAAGUUGCCGGACUACACAUGCCCCCGUUGUGAUGGAGGUUUCAUUGAACAAAUGGCUGAAGAGUCUCCGAGCCAUUCCCCCGCAGCAGGAGAGCUAGACCCAGCAGCACAGUUUGCAGAGCUAUGGAGUAGAGCAUUCCUCGAUUCAUUUAGAAAUAAUACAACUGAUCGAAAUGACAGUUCAGGGCCUUGGCCCCAGAACAGGGAUUCAGAUGAGGAGGAGCCGGAGGAGGCGGGAGACAGUCGACGUCCCUUUCAGGUCCGAUUUGCACCACGGACGAGGAUAUCGUUCCGAAGAGGAGGGCGUCCAAACCCUAGUAGAAAUCCUUACCUCGAAGGAUUAGUAAACUACUUUAUAUCUCGGCUGGGUGUAGAUCCGGCAGGGCAAGGUGGCUCCCCUAUAGGAAUGUUUCAUCUCCAUGGCAACCCAGGAGACUAUGCAUGGGGAGCAGGGGGCCUCGAUCACAUAAUCUCGCAGUUGUUGAACCAGUUAGAGGGUGCCGGCGCCCCACCAGCAGAGAAAGACAAGAUCGAUUCGCUACCAACAGUUAGAAUCACCAAGGAACAAGCAGAACGCGUCCUUCAGUGCUCAAUAUGUAUGGAAGAUUUCCAAGUUGAAGAGGAAGCCAAGAAACUGCCCUGUGAACACCAUUAUCACACACAGUGCAUCAACAAGUGGCUGGAACUGCAUGGAACAUGCCCUGUGUGUAGGAAAGACUUGAACGGAGAGACUUACAAAGAGGACUUUUCGCCCUCCAUGAACAGUGAUAGCUCCAACUCUUCAGAUGAGUUUCAGAGCUUGCACUGACACAGUCAGGCUAGUUCAAACAGCACUAAACUGGUCUGGAGCACUCGAAAACCAGAAUGAACUGGUGAAGCGAACUGAAUGACGUGAAACAGUGUUACUUGAACAUGUGUGUGGUCACUCAGUGUGUGGACAUGUUUAAAACUCCUUGCGUUCCCCCAUCACCACAAGCUUUAUGCUCUUCCGUCAACUGAAUCCAUCUUGUUUCCAUCGGGAUGUGUGGAUCUGUAACCAUGGUUACCAAUUAGGCAUAAAAUGAUGUACCUAGUUCAUAGAACCACGGUCUUACAGAGAUGAAGUGGAGGAGGUUAUUGACAGAAAAUUAGAGAAAAUGAUAUCCACACUAAUCCUUCCCUUUCUGUGUAAUUUGUGGACAAAUAGGUGUAAGACGCAGUCGAAGGAGGGACCAGAUAUUCCCGGUCAUAAUAACAUAGGUUAAUAGGUUGUACAUAGUACCACUGGGAAGAACCCUGAGCUUGUUAACUUCAAUAGUUUAUAAUAUCCAUUAGAUGUACAUUAAGGUAUGUUUUUUAAUGUGUUAUGUAUAUUUCCAACCAGAGAAAGUGUUGUUUUAAUCAUUCUGUUCAAGAUCUUUAUGUAAAACACACUCAGUUUUCCAUGAAAGAGUGUGGUGUGUCUUUGUUCUUAUUAUUCGUGCCAUGAAAUAUCAUCCCCUAAUGAACAUAUGAAGAAAGCUAUAAUCACCAAUUUUGUUCAGUUUUAACUAGUAAGAGGAGAAGGAUUUGAAAAGAUCAUUUGUUGAAGGCCAUAAAUCAGAAUCUUGAUGAUCCUGUGGAUUAUGUGUUGUGGCAUUUACUUGUUGCCAUGACUAUGUGUACAUUUGUCAUAUUGUUUGAUUUGAGAACAGUCAGACUGACAGUUUGUACCUCGUUAUUUUGAAAUGUCAGAUCAUUUUUACGUCAAAUUUAAGUUGAUGGGAUUAUACUUUAUUCUCAGGGAUGGAAAUUCUGCGGAUUUCAAUUCAUCCUGAAAAUUUUGGAUCCUGUUGAUAGAAGGCCUAGUUUCAAACAGCAACAGCCUUUGAGACAUACAAACCAUGGAAUAUUAUUUAGCCGAGAAAUACAUGAAAAGGUGGAUUUCUGCAAUGUGUAGCGCCCUGAUCAGUUGUUUUGUUUCAGGGUAAUAUUAGUAUAAUAAAACCAUUUGUUGAAUGUAGGCACUGUCCAAUAGUUUUGUCAUUUUCCAUACUUUUUGAGAUAGUGAGUUAAAACAUUUGGAGAAGGUGGGGGUGG